UUGGCCAAACUGGUUCUGGAACCGAGAACAGCACCCCUAGGACCCCCAGAGCUGAUUGGAGAUCGACGUUGGUAUCGGCGGGUAACGAAACCAGACACGUUUCACGGCAACUGGAACGAGGAGGACGCGGCGGGACGAUUUGCCCAGACGUCCGAGGACGAGCUGAAAAAACGCAUCAUAAAAACGAUGUCGCCGCGUCAUAAAAACGACAGGACACCGGGGGUGGAUCCUACCGAGGUAGGAGCCAGUCCAUUUUCGCUUCUCAUUGGAAUCGCAAAAUCUACGAAUGGGACGGCGGCCACGAAGUCCGCGAUGGAAGCCAGCAUCUUUGCCUCGACCGACCCGAGCAAGGUCUUUUUCGGGUUUGGAAGCUCGCCGAAGGAGAACACAGCAGGCUCCGCUGGCAAGGACACCGGGGAUGAGACGACGACUACAAACAAGGCCGCGGCACCGAUUCCAUUCAGCUUCGGGUUUGGCUCGACAAGUUCCACGCCCAGAACGGGCUUCAUCUUCGCCAACGUGGCCAAAUCCACCGAGGACAGCAAGCCGGACGAAAAGGCCUCCGCCGAUGACGACGAGGUGGAGUUCACGCCGGUCAAGGAAAAGGACAGCAUCUUCUCCAAGCGGUUCAAACUGUUCGUCAAAACUGACGGCAACUACUCGGACCGUGACAUCGGAACUCUGCACAUCAAAAAGGUGGACGGAAAGGUACAGGUCUUGGUUCGGGCCGACACCAGCAUCGGCCAGAUUCUGCUCAACAUCAUUCUGAACGAGGCGGUGCCGGUGCAGGGGAUGGGCAAGAACAACGUCAUAAUGGUGUGCGUUCCGACGCCGGAGACGAAGCCGUCGGUGCUGCUGCCGGCCAAGAACGGCGAGGAGGCCGACGAUCUGUAUGAAACGCUGAACAAGUACAAGCAAAAAAUAAAACUGGCCACCCUGGUGCGGCGCGGCGCGGAACCGCCCGGAAAGUGGCAGCUGGCAUAA